AUGGCCUCCAUACAAUCCAUCCGCCGCCCUCUCACGACUCUCUUAUCCCGAACCGCAAAGCCAAUCUCCAACCCCGCAGCAAUCCGAACAGCAGAAGUGUCCCGAACCUUCACAACAACCCCAUCUCCAUGUCCCGCUAAAUCAAUCCGCGGCAUCCCCCCAAUCCGCCAGCUACAACCAAACCCCAAACCCCAACUCCACCGCCAAUCUUGCCGCUGGAAAAGCGACAACAGCUUACCCCUGAAACAAUGGGAAUUCAAUGAUAUCAAUGCCGCGCUCCCCGGAACAAAACCCGAACGGAACCUAAUUCUCGUCGACGUCCGUGAACCCGCCGAGCUGAAGGCUACGGGGAUCAUCCCGUCUGCGGUCUCGGUCCCGCUAGCGUCGCAGCCGGAUGCGUUCUUCUUGACGGCGGAGGAGUUUGAGAAUCGGUUUGGGUAUCCAAAGCCCGGGGCUGAGGGGGAGGGGGAUGUGGUGUUUUAUUGUAAGGCUGGGGUGCGGGCGAGGGCGGCGGCGCAGUUGGCGGUGCAGGCUGGGUAUGAGGCUGAGAGAGUGGGGGUUUAUGAGGGAAGUUGGUUGGAUUGGGUGGAUAGAGGGGGGAAGGUUGAAAGUUGGGAGGGGGAGGAUUGA